UCCCCUGGAGGGCCCCAUGGCAGCCUCCUCACGAGCCCCUCUUCAAGGCUGGGUGAGCUCUGGGGGCCAAGUGUCGAAGGGAACCCCAGCUCCCCCCGCCCCCUCUCCAGUUCCCUCUCGCACGGCCAGAGCGUUGGGCGCUGCAUGGUGGAGGAAGCCCCGAUCUUCGUUGAGUCUUCCGGGUGGCGCCGCCCCCGCUCAGCACCCUGGACAGCACCUCGUUCUGCGCCUCAGAAUAGCCUCCACCGGGCUUCACUUUGGCUUCUCUGGGGUGGCCUCUGUUCUGAUUGACAUCCUUGCCUCCUUUCUUAACUCUCCCUGUAAAGGCAGACCCUAACCCAGAGUUCAUGCACACUUCUCUGGCUCCUGGAGCCAGGGCGAGGGAACAUGGAAAGAGGCAAAGUGGCUGCCUGCUGUCGGCCUGGGGUUUUGUUCCCUCACUCACCAGCAGGAAAGGAAGUGGUCUUGGGGGAGUCUUGGACCUGUCCCUAGUCCUGCCCAGCCCAGAUCUUCCUUAGAGGUUUUGGUGACUUCUGAAGGACACAGCAGAGAUACAUAAGAGGUCUAAAGGAGUCCCUAGAGCGGCCAGCAGGGGGAGAAGCAUGGAUGAGGAUACGCUUCUGUCCACACUGCCUGGGGAAGAUGGUGCCACCUGGGACCCCAGCCUGGAACCCGAGGAGGAACCUGGGGUCCAGAAUGGAAUGGCAUCCAGUGAGGACCUGAACAGUAGCCACACCAGCCCAGGGCAUGCAAUGAGGGGCCCCCUGGCAGGCACUGAGGGGCAUACAAAAGGCCUGGACAUGGCCCUCCAUGGCCUCAGCCUUGGCCUCUCCCUCACCAAUGGCCUAGCCCUGGGGCCAGACUCAAACAUUCUGGAACACUCUACAGACCCCAGGCCCUGGAGGGCUGGUGGGUUGGCCGAGGGGGACGAUGCCUCCAGAAGCCUCUGUCCAGACACUGAGGAUCCUCCACUGGGGCUGGGUGGCCCUGGAGAGCCAGAUGUGCGAGAUGGCUUCAGCGCCACGUUUGAGAAGAUUGUGGAGUCGGAGCUACUGCGGGGCACCCAGUACAGCAGCCUGGACUCCCUGGACGUGCUGAGCCUCACAGACGAGAGCGACAGCUGUGUCAGCUUCGAGGCCCCUCUCACGCCCCUCAUCCAGCAGCGAGCCCGGGACAGCCCUGAGCUGGGCGUGGGCUUGGGCACUGGGGACAUGGGGUCUGAGGGGGACAUGGGAGCAGCCGGUGGUGGUGGGGUGCUCGGCAGCCCCCUGCGGCGCUCCAUCUCCGGCAGCCGCUCCGAGAAUGUCUUGAGCCGCCUGUCUCUCACGGCGGUGCCCAACGGCUUCCAUGAAGACGGACCCCUGGGCCCACAUGGGGAUGAGGAGGACGAUGAGGAGGAGGAGGAAGAGGAGGAGGAGGACACGGACAAGCUGCUGAACUCGGCCAGUGACCCCAGCCUGAAGGAUGGCCUGUCGGACUCGGACUCAGAGCUGAGCAGCUCAGAGGGGCUGGAGUCUGGCAGCACAGACCCACUGGCCAAUGGGGGCCAGGGCGUCAGUGAGGCUGCCCGCCGGCUGGCGCGCCGGCUCUACCACCUGGAGGGCUUUCAGCGCUGCGACGUGGCCCGGCAGCUGGGCAAGAACAAUGAGUUCAGCAGGCUGGUGGCUGGGGAGUACCUCAGCUUUUUUGACUUCUCGGGCCUGACUCUGGAUCGAGCACUCAGAACUUUCCUGAAGGCCUUCCCACUGAUGGGGGAGACGCAGGAGCGUGAGCGGGUCCUGACGCACUUCUCCCGCCGGUACUGCCAGUGUAACCCUGAUGACAGUACUUCGGAAGAUGGGAUCCACACGCUUACCUGUGCCCUGAUGCUGCUCAACACGGACCUGCACGGACAUGUGAACAUUGGCAAGAAGAUGUCCUGCCAGCAAUUCAUUGCCAACUUGGACCAGCUGAAUGAUGGCCAAGACUUUGCCAAAGACCUGCUGAAGACCCUUUACAACUCCAUCAAGAAUGAAAAACUGGAAUGGGCCAUUGAUGAAGAUGAGCUGAGGAAAUCACUGUCUGAGCUGGUGGAUGACAAAUUUGGGACAGGCACAAAGAAGGUGACACGGAUCCUGGAUGGUAGCAACCCCUUCCUGGAUGUCCCGCAAGCUCUCAGCGCCACCACCUACAAGCAUGGUGUGCUGACCCGGAAGACUCAUGCCGACAUGGAUGGCAAGAGGACGCCCCGUGGGAGGCGUGGCUGGAAGAAAUUCUACGCGGUGCUCAAAGGGACCAUUCUGUACUUGCAGAAGGAUGAGUACAGGCCUGACAAAGCCCUGUCCGAGGGUGACUUGAAGAAUGCCAUCCGUGUGCACCACGCUCUGGCCACCAGGGCCUCUGACUACAGCAAGAAGUCCAAUGUGCUCAAGCUGAAGACAGCUGACUGGAGGGUCUUCCUCUUCCAGGCACCGAGCAAAGAGGAAAUGCUGUCCUGGAUCCUGAGGAUCAACCUGGUGGCUGCCAUCUUCUCAGCGCCCUCCUUCCCCGCUGCCGUCAGCUCCAUGAAGAAGUUCUGUCGGCCUCUGCUGCCCUCCUGCACCACUCGCCUCUGCCAGGAGGAGCAACUGCGCUCUCAUGAGAAUAAGCUGAGGCAGGUGACUGCAGAGCUGGCUGAACACAAGUGUCACCCGGUCGAGCGGGGCAUCAAGUCCAAGGAGGCUGAGGAGAACCGGCUGAAGGAGCAUUAUCUCACGUUUGAGAAAAGCCGUUAUGAGACCUAUAUCCACCUCCUGGCUGUGAAGAUCAAAGUGGGCUCUGAUGACCUGGAGCGGAUUGAGGCCCGAUUGGCCACCCUGGAGGGGGAUGACCCUUCACUCCGCAAGACACACUCGAGCCCUGCCCUCAGCCAGGGCCAUGGAACUGUGACUGGCAGCAAAGCCAUGAGGGAUACCACUGGGCCUGAUACUUAGCUGGCAAGGAUGGGCAAGCCUCAGAGGCAGGCAGUGCCCCUGGAGGGGCCAGUGAGCACAAUUCCAGCUAGGGGCCACUCAGACAAGCUGCAGACAGUUGUUAGGCAGCCAGAGGGGUGUGGAGAGCCUUGUGGGCUGAGGAGAUGGAGAUGCUAUUCAUGGUGUCGGUCUUGCAUCCUAGGGCUGCUCUGGGCCUUAGAGCCUGUCGCCAGCCCUCACCUCCCUCUCCACUCUGGAGCCUCAGUUUGUAGGCCAGUUGUGUGCAUGCUCUAGACACCGUCUCACUGGAGAAGCAGGAAGGGUGGUUGGCUUUCCAGGCUCUCCUCUUCUCACAGUUCCUCCCCUCAUCUCCCUUGUUUCUGAGGGCAGGUCUCAACCCCAGGUCUCAGUUUGGACUCCCACCCCUUCUCCUCCUCCCUCCUCUGAGUUGACCAGCAGCAGGUCUGCAGACCACCAGCACUGUCCAAUUCUCCCUCCACUCAGCAGCGCUGGGAACUGCACCCUGUUCUCCUGCCUUGCCUGGCAAUAACCCAGCUCUCAGGCCUGUCCCUCAGUGCCAAGCUCACCUUCCAUCCAUCAAGACCACUCCUGCUUUCUUUUAUAAUGACAUAAAUGUAUAUAUAUAAGAAUUAUAUACAUAUAUAAACUACCCCUUUAGAGAUGGUUUUGGAACUGAUAUCAGAGGAUGAAAUGAGGUAUGGAAAAGCCUAUCUCAGAUACACUUGUUAGUGAGGAGAGCUGCUCUUUGGCCCCUGGAGGCUCUGACUCUCUGGAAGAGAAGAUAGAGAUAGUGUGUCCUCCUCUCUCCCUGUUUCCCCUCUUCCGGCUGACCUGUGAUUUAAACUGCUCUUACAGUUAAUGCUUUGGAAUAAAUAGUGUGUGUGCGUGCUGCCCCGUCUGUCCCACAGGUGUCCUGGGGUGUGAGUGGGAUGGGACCGCGGCCCUGCUUAUAUUUUGGUCUUUGUGUUGGUGCUGCCAGGUCCCUUGGGCCCAGAGGUAACCUCUUGUACAGAUCUACUGCUACAGGAAUAAAAGACACUCUGCCUUGCAAAUAGCCACUUGUCAACAAACCCAAAGAUGUUUGGUGGGAGAAGCCUAUGGAAGCCAUUAAUUCUUGGUCUUGGGGAAAUGUGGAAUGACAAGUUGUUGAUUGUUAGGCUGAUAUUUCUUACACUCUUUGAGUGACUCAGAAAUGCUAGUUAAGGACAUGUCUGGAAAGGACAAUUUGCCACAUGAUGAUCGCAGACUAGCAUCUUUUAAACCCUGCAUUCCUCAGACUGACAAGUGGGGGGGGUGAUGGCACCCUCAAUGCAACUGUGAUGAGUAAAUCCUUUCUAUUUUUUAAACAGAUUACUGUAGUUUGGCCAGCAGUUUGACCUCAGUGGUAACAUAUUUAGAUAAUAAGAUAAGCCAACCUUGCAACUAAGUACCCUACAUUUACAAGCCCACUCACAUUUGAUGCAAGGGACCUGUGAAUCUGUGGAGAGAUGUAGUGAUUUAAAUACAGAUUAUUUAAUUUGGAUCAGCUGAGUAUUUUAUAACCAAACCAUCUGGCACCUUCAUUUUGCUGAGGGGAAGUUAAUGUUCAUUUAAGUGAAAUUGAAAGAGCAAUGUGGCAACAUAAAAAGCUCUGUGUACUUUUUCUCUGUGCUGUCUCAAAGAUCCUUUGAGUUUGGGGUCUGCCUCCCACCCUCUACCUCUUGAGGGUGGGUGAGUGAAAGCAGAGGAGCAGGCUCCAUCCGCUGCAGACAGGUGUGCUUCCCUGAGCACUAGUUGUGCCUCCCAUCAGUUAAAAAAAAACUUUUAGUUCACUUUCUUAAUUGUAUAAUUAUUUAUUGUAAAUUAUAUACAUGUACUACUGUACUAAAAUAUUAUGUACAUUAUAAAACAUACACAAAAUAGAAAUUUUAAAAAGAUGAGAUGAAAAUAAAUCUAAAGCAAAGUUCUAA